AUGUACAUGCCCAACACGGCAGGAUACGAACAGCGAUUGGACACCUACUAUUCCGCCAAUGCUGCCCUUUCACCAUGGUGCAUGGUGAUGCCCAAUAGCACUGAAGAUGUUUCCAAGAUAGUUAAAGUUCUCGCAGCUAACGAAUGCCCAUUUGGUAUUCGUAGUGGCGCUCAUUCAGCAUACCGAGGGGCGAACAGUGUCGAGGACGGUGUCACUAUCGACUUCAGUUACAUGAACCGUACUGUUUACGAUUCCGAGAAUGGAAUUGCCAGGAUUGAACCUGGUUCCAAUUGGGGUCUUGUGUACGAAGCUCUUGAUCCGUAUGGAGUCGCCGCCGUCGGAGGACGGGCUUCUCCUGUCGGUGUCGGUGGCUUUACCACCGGCGGAGGGUACUCUUUCCACUCUAGCACCAAGGGUUUUGCUUGCGACCAAGUAGUGAACUUCGAGGUUGUUUUGGCGGACGGUCGAAUCGUAAACGCGAAUAAGGAUGAGCAUUCCGACCUAUGGAAAAGUCUCAAAGGUGGUUCUGGAAAUCUCGGUUUGGUCACUCGUAUAGACCAACGUGCCGUCGACUCGAAUGAAAUCUGGGCAGGUUUCGUCAGCUUUGGCCUUUCUCAACGCGACGCUGUCUUCAAAGAAUACAUCGACUUUGUGGAAUCUAACGACAAGGAUCCUGCCUCUCAGCUCAUCGUUACUGUCCAGUGGGAUGGAGAGCAGAAGCACCUACUCUCAGUCGUUUCAAAUUCCGACGCCAUAGAAUCUCCAUCUUCCUUCUCGAAACUUUUCAGCAUCCCCAGUACCUCCAAUACAACAACGAAAGGGAAGAUCGCCGAUGUCGUGCCCCAGUUUACCGGGCCUACUCCCCUCGGACUUUACGCUAAUUGGAUGACCGGAACGACUACAAAUGACAUACGCCUCAUGACAUUCAUGCACGACAAGUUCGACGAGUAUGUCGAUAAGAUGAAAGCUGCUGCGCCAGUUUCAAAGUUCAGUGUACUUGUACAGUUUCAACCGGUUACCCAGUCCAUGGUGAAACAUGGCCGUGAAAACGGGAGUAAUGUCCUUGGAUUGGAAAGCGUCGUCGACAAAGGCCCUGCGCUCAUGUGGCUCAUCGCCGUCACUGUUGACACCGAGAAGAACCAGGAGAAGAUUGAUCCGCUUACCCGAGCGUUCAAGGCUGAUGUUGACGCAUAUGCCGAGAAGAUGGCUAUUGGGUAUUCCUGGGUAUAUCUCAACUAUGCAAGAGGAGGUCAAGACCCAUUGUUGUACUAUGGGGAUGACAAUGUUGAGCUGAUCAGGAAGGCAUCUAAAAAGUAUGAUCCCGAUGGCAUGUUCCAGCACCUUCGACGAUCUGGGUUUAAGAUCCCUGUUUAG